CGGCGACGCGACGCGGGAGGCUCCGGGGAGAAGACAGUUCGCCGGACACACUUUACGCGGACGGAGCGAGGGCACCGGUCGCAUAAAGAGGCGCAGCGCAGAGCAGCAGGGCGCGUACAGACGGCAGCGCGUGCGUGGGAAGCAUGGCGAGCGACGGCGGGUUUGGGGUGAGCGGCGGCGGAGCCGGCGACGGAGCUGAGGGCGGCGGCGUCUCUCAGAUGCAGGCACAGGACGUGAUGCAGGCGUGCUACGUCAAGGCGCCACUGUCUGGUGUGGCAGGCAUGGGGCUCGGAGCGGUAUUUGGCCUUAUCACCGGCUCGAUCAACAACGAGGUGACGGCGGUGGCCGGCGAGAGCAAGAAGGAGUUCUUCAAGCGAACGCUCAAGCACGCCGGACAGCAUUCAUGGCGGAUGGCCAAGGGCUUUGGCCUCAUCGGCGCCAUCUAUACCGGCACCGAGUGCUACGUUGAAAAGUACUACGGCGCCCAUCGGCUGGCCAACGCGCCUAUCGCUGGCUGCAUCUCGGGCUUUGUCAUUGCCAUCCGCGCUGGCCCGGCCGCCGCCACCGCCUCGUGCGCUGGCUUUGCCGCCUUUUCCACCGCCAUCGACUACUUUAUCGGCCACUGAGAGGAUCGGGCUGUGGGCUGGGGCUUGCAGGCAAGCGAUGGGGCGGGGAGUGUGACGCGACGCGUGACGGUAGCUGCGAUUCCUCUGCGUUAGAGGUGAUUGACUGUGUCGUGGCUGAUGAGGACGAGAGACGGACGAGCAAUGAAGUGCAAAUGUAAGGAUGA